AUGGCAAGUAAUCGUGCAGGAAAAGUAAACAAAGGAAGUGUAAAUUCAUCAUCUACGAAAAUCAUUGGUUCUCGUCAUCGAUCGUCUGAAGCAACACAUGUUUUAUUACGUGAACUAUCAACUCGAAAAUUACUAGCUAUUCAAAUAUGUUUCUUAUCCGAUGCAGCAAGAUUAAAGCCGUUAACAUCUGGACGUCAUGUUUCUUUUCGUGAUGGUAAUGGAAGAGGUCAAAAACAAGGUGAAAUUCUUAUUGUCGGUACAUAUGAUGAAGUUGUUACUGAAAUGAAUAAUCAAACAGAUAUGAAUUUAACUGAUAGCCCACAAAAACGACCACGACAAGAUGAUUCAUUUGAAAAAAAACAUAAUCAUAAACGUGGAUUGCCAUCUAAUUCAUCGAUAUCGUCAAAUACAGUUGAAAUGAUUUUGACUCGAUCACCAUCACCAUUUCUAUCGAUUCUUGAUAAAGAUGUUGCUGUUCCGUUGUCAUCGCCUACUCCAUCUUUUCCUGUUAUAACACAAACAACAAUCUCAAAUUCAUUACCGUCAAAAGAAUCUACAACUGCAAUCAAUGAAACAACUAUACAAGAUAAUACGACCAAUACUGCUUCAUUAAUUGCUACACAACAAUUAACACCAUUACCAUCUGGGUUAUCACCAUUAAUACCUACACAAGCAAAAACUUCAAUAAAUCCAUCUAGUACACGACCAGUAGUUGCAUCAACAACAAUUGUAAGAAAGUUAGCGUCUAGUGAUGCUCUUAAAGAAAUCAAACGUCUUCAAUCAUUAGUGAAAUCGAAAGACGCUGAAAUUACUAAAUUAACCGAAGAAAUGGAAAAAUUAAAAGAGGAAGUAAAGAAAAAUGCCGAAUAUUCUAUUCUUCUUCCAACUGAUGAUGUAGUUAUACAAUGGGUAGAUUAUUUGUAUGAAUCGAUUCAUAAAGCAGAAAUUCGAAAUCAACUGGGUUUAGAUACAGUAGCAACUGAACUGAAUAUUGAACGAGAAUCAUUAGAUUUAUGUUUGGAAUUAGGUGGUAGCGAUCGAAUUAGUACAGCACGUCAAAUAUUUAAACAGUGUAUAGAUUAUGAUGAAGCUAUUCAACAAGAACAUUGUUGGCAAAAUAUAGAUGAAGAUCUUAUUCUUAAAAUAUGUAGAUUUGUUCGUGAAUUCUUCGGAGUUAAUCUCAAAUUUGGUGAUGAUUAUGUGCGUGAAUCAUUAUCAAAUAUGAUGAGAAAAGAUUCCUGGAAGCUUCGUAAUCCAGAUAAAUUAAAAACAAAAGUCAAACAAUCAAGAUCUAAACAUCGUAAAACAUCAUCAAAACAAGGUGAAGAAACAUAUAGUGAUGGCUAUAAUGGUUCAAGUUAUGUUGGCGAUGAUGAUGAUGAACAUUUCUAA